AUCUAAACAAGAGAUAAAUUCAUAUAACUCUGAAAUAAAAAAAAAAUGGUGUCUUUUAAUUGUGUUUUUUCGAGUUUUGUUGUGCUGUUUAUGGUGGGUUUGGUUAGCUCUGCAAAAUUUGAGGAGCUGUAUCAACCCAGUUGGGCUUUUGACCAUUUGACAACUGAAGGAGAAAUUCUUAGAAUGAAAUUGGAUCAUCUCUCUGGUACUGGGUUUCAAUCAAAGAGCAAAUAUAUGUUUGGGAAAGUUACUGUUCAGAUUAAGCUUGUUGAGGGUGACUCUGCUGGAACUGUCACUGCAUUCUAUAUGUCAUCAGAUGGACCAACCCACAAUGAGUUUGAUUUUGAGUUUUUAGGCAAUACAACUGGUGAACCAUACACAGUUCAGACAAAUGUGUAUGUCAAUGGUAUUGGUAACAGAGAACAAAGAUUGAAGCUUUGGUUCGACCCAUCAAAGGAUUUCCACGCUUAUUCCAUCAUGUGGAAUCAACGUCAAGUUGUAUUCUUGGUAGAUGAGACCCCUGUUCGUGUGCAUUCGAAUUUAGAGCACAGAGGAAUCCCAUACCCCAAGGAUCAACCAAUGGGUGUGUAUAGUUCGAUUUGGAAUGCAGAUGAUUGGGCUACACAAGGCGGGCUUGUGAAGACUGAUUGGUCACACGCGCCCUUUGUAGCAUCCUAUAAGGGAUUUGAGAUUAACGGUUGUGCGUGUCCAGCAACUGUUGCAGCUGCCGAGAAUACUCGGCGGUGCAGCAGUAAUGGACAAAAGAAGUACUGGUGGGACGAACCUGUUAUGUCCGAGUUGAAUGUGCACCAGAGUCAUCAGCUGAUUUGGGUCAAGGCGAACCAUAUGGUUUACGACUAUUGCACGGAUACUGCUAGGUUCCCUGUUGCCCCUGUUGAGUGCCAGCACCACCAGCACAAGACUAAUCAUAACUAGGUGUGGAGGAAAAUUGGGGUUCAGUCUUGCAUUGUAUAAAAAGAUUAGAUAAAAAGAAAAAAAUGACAUGAACUCCAUGUUAUAUAUUUUUGGUGCCACU